AUGGGGAGACGCGCGGUUGCGGCGGUGGUGUCCCUUUGGGUCGUUUCCAUUUCCGUCGUGGUGGAUCGGAUCGUUCCCGACCCGUACAUGGUAAGCGAACCCUAGUUUUCCUCGUUGCUGUUCAAUGCUUUCUUGCUUACGCUGCCCCCGCACGCAUUGCAUUUGUGCAGGAUGAGAUAUUUCACAUCCCUCAGGCUCAAAGGUACUGCGGCGGAGACUUGAGAAGUUGGGAUCCCAUGAUCACCACACCUCCUGGCCUGUAAGUUAUACAGAACUCCCUGAUUUGUGAGUUUUUUCACAUGAAUUUAUUACUAUCUGUACUCUUGGCAAUGCUACAACCGUUAUAGAUAUUCGUAUGUUCUUUUAAAAUGCAGCUCAAGAAAUAUUGGCCUCUUAGUUAUAUAUAUAAUGCUGCAGGUACUGUCUUUCGCUUGCCUACAUUGGCGCUUUGUUUCCAGGCAUUUCGUUCAUGAAACCAUCUGGGACAUUUUCUGAAGUUUGUUCUACUUCAUUCCUUCGUGCUACCAAUGGUGUUCUGGCGGUCAUUUGUAGUAUUAUUAUUUACGAUAUACUGAUCCACUUGAGGCCUAACGUUGGGGACAGAAGAGUGACUAUAUAUGCCAUUUGUGUGGCAUUGUACCCAGUUCACUGGUUCUUUUCAUUCCUGUAUUACACAGAUGUAGCUUCAACAACCGCAGUUUUGGCUAUGUUUCUGGCCAGUCUGAAGGGGCACCAUUGGAUCAGUUCUUUAGUAAGUCACCUGUUCCUUGAUUGUACUUUGACUUUAAAAAAUUCUAAUAAUAUCAUAAAAAAGGUCCAGAUGCAACCAAAAAUGAGAAAAUACUUCUCCCGUUAAGUUUGGUUGGGAUAUUCAAUCUUCCAUGCCAAACAGAGUGAAUCCUUGGGAUUAGGAGCUUUUCUCAAGUUAAGUUGGGAUAUUUAAUCUUCCAUACCGAACAGAGUCAGUCCUUGGGAUCAGUUCUUUUUUAGUGUGAAUUACUUAUAGCAUGGCACUGCACAUGCUGCUAGGAGCGAAUCUAUAAUAGUUUCCGUCCGAAAAAUCAUGCCUUUUUGGUUCUUCAAUUCAGUAGUUGACUUGUUUGUUCAUUCCUUGAACAGCUUGGUGCCAUUGCAGUAUUUAUUCGUCAAACAAAUGUGAUAUGGAUACUUUUUAUUGCUUUCAAUGCCGCUAUUGAUCACGUAGAAGCCAUAUCUCAAAAAUAUAACCUCCAAUCAGGCGAUUCCGCAUCGCUACUAAUGGAGGAUGAGGUGGUACUCAAUGAAAGUAGAUUUGAGACUAAGUCAAAGUUGAGAAGAAGAUUUCAACAUUCCACAAAGAGCGUCCGCCCCUCUAUUUCCGAAAAAAGUAGUAAUUCCCUGAGGCAUCAUCCAGGUUUUUAUUUUCUUCCUCUUCUAUUGAUGGUUUCUCUUGUUCUCGUUGCAGGGUUUUGUUGGAUUCAUGCCAAUUGCUACAUGUCAUUUUAUGAAUGCUGAUGCGCUUUCCCCGGUUCCAUGUAUACCUGGCCCAUGUCUACUUACUUCGUAUUCUGGAUCUUUGUCUUGGCUUCCUCUUGGUGAUCAUAUCUACAAUGUCCACGCGACUUGAGAGCCUUAUCUUUCACCACAUCAUUUAUUUAAUUGGCUGCGCCGAAAGACAUCAAAUCUUGGCCAUUUUCAUGCACUGCUCUUGUUGAGGCUCAUUUUAUUAGCCUUUGACUUAAAAGUAUGCAUAGGCCAUUGAUAGGCACCGUCCCCGCACAUCGACUUUAGAAUUUUCCAAUUUUCUUCUGUCAAUAUUUUCGAUCUCCUUUGCUCGUGAUAAUCUUAUAACGGAGGGUUUGCAUGGGCUGCCUAAAGACUUCAAAUCUCGACUGAUCUUGUGGGUAAUCUUUUCUGCUGCUUUGGUUGAAACCCUCUUUCUGUUAGCUUCUCACUAAGAGGUUCAAGUUUGACUCAAAACAUGCAUCUCACUUAGAUUUGACAAUUCUUUUAAUGUCAACGGCUGUGAUCUCUUUCUCUGAUUUUGAGAAAACAUAUGUGGGCAGGUUUGGUGCAUGAGCUCUACGCAAUUAUUCUCAAGAUGUGGCGUUUCAAGUGGAGACUCCUGAUAUCCUUUUUCCCAUUUAUCCUGGUACUGGCUGGAUUCAUGACCUUUGUCUUCUGGAAUGGGAGCAUAGUUCUUGGUACUGAAUGCCAUUCGAUGAUUAUUUUAUCAAAUGGGGAACACUUCCAGUUUGAUUAUGACUACGAAAGUAAUUGUUCAUUGUUCUGAUUUUCCUUCAGGAGCCAAAGAAGACCAUGUUGCUUCUCCACACUUUGCUCAGAUGAUGUAUUUUGGUCUUAUAUCUGCUGCCGCCACUGCUCCUCUGCAUUUCAACUCAACCCAGUUUACAUAUCUGCUGGAACCUUUCUGGAAGAAGAGAACGACGGGCAUCUUGCAAUGGCUGGUUGCUCUCGUCGUGGGAUUUGUCUCUGUCCAUUGGUUCAGGUCUGAUAGCCACCACAUCCUCCUUAUUCCCCUUCUCUUUUAAAUAAGUAAAUAAAAGAAGCAAAUGUUGACUUAUGAUUGGACGCUUUAUUGACACCCGUUUCAAGUAAAUCUGAAACCGAGGAUAAAGUCGUCCUUUCUUUAGCUGCGGUAAAAUUUCACUCUCCUUCUCAUGUGUCUGACUUAGUGGAUCUGGUCAACGUAGCAUCGCCCACCCGUACCUUCUCGCGGAUAACCGCCACUACACAUUCUACUUCUGGAGGAAGAUUAUCCGAGCUCACUGGGCCUCAAAGUACCUGAUGAUUCCGCUCUGCAUCUACUGCUUGUUCUCCAUCGGCAGCAUCUUGGGUCCGGGCCAAAGUCUAUGCUUUCAUGUUCUCAUUAAUUUCUUUAUUCCAUCAAAGUCAGAGCCCAUGAUUUCUGACCUUGAAAAUAUUCUGGGCUGACUUCUGCGGACAGGGAAGUCAAGAGGGAGGACCUGGGCACUGUCCUUCUUCCUGGCCUGCUCGGCGGCCCUCGUCCCCGCACCGCUGGUGGAGUUCAGAUACUACACCGUGCCCAUCAUCCUCUUUCUUCUGAACUCCCAAGUCGACAGCCAGAUUUCGUGGGCGUUGACUUCCGCCCUCUUUGUCGCCACGGAUGUCUUCACCAUGUCGAUGUUCCUCCUCCGGCCCUUCCAGUGGGCGCACCAGCCAGGAAUCCAGAGAUUCAUCUGGUAG